GCAAAAUCCUUCCCCUCCCAUCACCUCCUUGCUCUCCUCAUUCUCUGGGUUUUUUCUCUCUUGUUUCCCCUCUCCUUCGUCAAGUAGUCAGCGCAGAUACCGGGCUGCCAGCUGCUAGCAACUCUCGGGGGUUUCUCCUUUGAUUGUCUGUUUUUCUCACUGUUGGUCUCGGUUUCUCUUAUCAUCAUCACCAACCUUACCUUUCAGUUUUGCCUGGCUGAGUUUGUCUCCGCUUUCCUACCGUUUAGCUGUCAUAUCGCAAGUAUCGCAAAGCUAGGACGACAGCCCUCAACUCCAAGCUUCUACCCCCGUACACUCUCGGCGCGGAACUCAACAGAAUCCAUCGACACCGGGAAGGAGGCGCUGACGCUGUCGUUAUCCCCCCGCUUUCCGCAUCUCGCAUCGUUGGCCAGGCUCAAAACAGCCCCGCCAGGGUCAGUCGCGACUACAAGAGUCGGAAAUUUUUCUGCUCUAUUUGACGCUUUUCCUCUUCUUUCACAUCUCUCUCCGCUUUGCGACAACAGGAACCAGCAUUCCGGUUCUUUUCUUUCGCAAAGUAUUCUUGCUCGCUUGCUUCCUUGCCGGCCCAGCUUCACAGUGGGGCUUUCUUUUGCCAAGAAGACGACAGUCUUCCUUGCCAGCUUCGCCCAACGUCGCGAUUCUUCGAAUUCUUCAAGAACUUCCGUAUAAACAUCCAUCGGCCACCAGCGAACAAACAAACAAAAUGGCUGACAACGGUUCCGCUUCGGCCUCCGGCCAACUCCCCCCUCCUCCCCAGGCCAACGCCGGCGCGCCCGGCUACGAGAACGGCCAGGGCAAUGGCAACCCGGCGCACAUGCCCCCGCCGCCCCUCCAUAUCCCGCAGAACACCAACCCCAUCCCAACUGCAAUCACAUCGCCGUUGGGCGGCGGCGACAAGAGUGGGAUCAUCUCUCCCACGAGCGGUGGCCCCUUCGCCCGUCGUGCCGCUCCCGAGCCCAACAAGCGGGCCCUUUACGUGGGUGGCCUCGACCCCCGCGUCACCGAAGACGUUCUCCGUCAAAUCUUCGAGACCACUGGACACGUCCAGAACGUCAAGAUCAUCCCGGACAAGAACGCGAAGGGUUACAAUUAUGGCUUCGUUGAAUAUGAUGAUCCCGGCUCGGCUGAGCGUGCCAUGCAGACUUUGAACGGCCGUCGUGUUCACCAGGCUGAAAUUCGUGUCAACUGGGCUUAUCAGUCGAACAACACGAACAAGGAGGACACUUCGAACCACUUCCACAUCUUUGUUGGCGAUCUUUCUAACGAGGUCAACGAUGAGGUCCUUCUUCAGGCCUUUUCCGCUUUCGGCUCGGUUUCCGAGGCUCGUGUCAUGUGGGAUAUGAAGACUGGCCGUUCUCGCGGUUAUGGCUUCGUUGCUUUCCGCGACCGUCCCGAGGCUGAGAAGGCUUUGAGCUCCAUGGACGGCGAGUGGCUCGGUUCUCGCGCCAUCCGUUGCAACUGGGCCAACCAGAAGGGCCAGCCUUCGAUUGCCCAGCAGCAGGCCAUGCAGCAGAUGGGCAUGACCCCGACGACCCCCUACGGCCACCAUCACUUCCCCACCCACGGCGUUCACUCUUACGAUAUGAUUGUCAAUCAGACUCCGGCCUGGCAGACAACUUGCUACGUGGGCAACUUGACCCCGUACACCACCCAGAACGACUUGGUCCCGCUUUUCCAGAACUUUGGUUUUGUGGUUGAGUCCCGCUUCCAGGCGGACCGUGGUUUUGCCUUCAUCAAGAUGGACACCCAUGAGAAUGCGGCCAUGGCCAUUUGCCAGUUGAACGGCUACAAUUGGGGCAAGGACAAGACUCCUCAGGCUCAGCAGGCUCAGUUCGAUCCCAACCAGGCGUACAGCCCUCAGAGCGCGCAGACCCCCGCUUAUCCUGGAACUCCUUCUACUUACUUUAACCAGUACGGUGGCAACUUUGGUCCUGGUCAGCAGGCCGCUUACACUGGAGCUCAGGCCCAGUCUCCUGCUGCGUACGGCGGUGGCCCCAUGGGCUACAGUGGUCCCCCCAGUGCUGGCGGUUACGGGCGCGGUCAGGGUCCGAACCCGAACAAUGCUCAGCAGUGGAACCAGGGCCAGGCCCCGCCUCAGAACUUUGGCAACAACGGCUAUUCUGGUUACCAGGGUUAGUUGUCCGGGUCUCGUCGAUACCAGAGAUGCGGCGGCGGAAAAGUUGCGAAGCCUCUUUCCUUUCUUUCAUCUGGCCAGAAGGCCCUGGCGCGUGGGCGCAUGAAUCCACGUCGUACCGUUCGCGCUCGCCAUGCGGUUUGAGGAUCAUCUGAACGAUGAACAACGGUUCGGAUGGAUAUUUCGGGAAUAUGGGUUUGGGAUCUGGGGCCUGCUAUUGCGUUUCUUCCUCCUCUCUUCGGAUGCUUUACUCUUCUCGUUUUCGAAUGCGUUUUCUCUCUGUUGUUUCUCUUCUCUGCUGGUGAUAUUUUCACGUCACGAUUUACCUCUGUUGAUCUUUUUUGAUUUUGGUUUGAUUUUGAUCUUGGACUUUCGACAUUUCUUCUCGGGAUUUUGUAGUUUUGUUUUUUCUCUGGUUCUGAUCUGACUAACGCCUCUCACAAUGAUUUGAUCUGUUCUUUUCUUCUUCACUGCUCAGGAUACCACAUGGGAGCACACUUUCGGGCCCUUUUCCUUAGCUUGACUUCCCAUUUUCUCAUUGCUCUUGAUAUCUGAUGAGAACACGACAUUUUUGGUAUACUCGCUCUAUUAAAAGGUGGAACGUGGAGUCGCUCGGCUAGUUUUCCUGUACGUCUGUCUUCUUUUCCUGACAGGUCCCACGACCGACACCUAAUAUCGGAUGGAGUAUGCACUUGGACUGGGGACUGGAUUGGGAUGGAAAGCGGGAAGAUUGUAAAAAAUCGGUGCUAAGGCUUGGACACAAUGGGCCUAACGGGCAAAAACCACGCGCGGGUUAUGAAUUGGAAAGUCGAUGAUUCCCCUUUUUUCCUUCUGCUACUACGCAUUUUCAUUUGAGCUGUGAGAAGUUGUACGAAGUGGUGAUAUCUGUGUGCAGCAGCUCGGAUCUUGAUUGGUCGCCCGGUGCGGCAUUCUUACGAUUGGCUCACCGGUGGCUAUCAACCCAAUGCAUGCAAACAGCAGGGGAAAAGGUUUUUUUUUUCUGGGCCGGACGAUUGCUUGACUGCUGCGGAAAGACGGGCGGCUAUGCUGACUCCUGCUGCUUGAAGGGGCACUGAGACAUGGGGGGUUGAGGAGUUGAUGCCCAACAUCACAAGUUUGCUGACGUCUGUUCAUCUUCAGAUUGAACCCCAAUGACAACCUCUGUAGCCUUGGUGUCGUCAAUUCGAAUAGUCGACGGUGAACCCGGGCGGAGACCAGCACCAGAAUGCAACCACUGUAAGUCGCUAUCGAAGAGGAUGGUCACAGAUAUCAUUUACGGAGGUAGGUUUGUGAUUAUGCCAGCCAUCAAGACGAAACUCCGUAGUCAUGUUCAGCCACCCCAUAUACUGAGGGUCAAGAGAAUCCCGGCUUUUCGAGUGGCGUGGAAGUUUGAAUGAAUAGCUGCAUCCCCGUCUAGGUAUAGCAACUGAUUCUUGCUCACACACCCGGUUGGAUCCCGAAGACCACACUCGAUAUGCAUCUCUGUGAUCGCGCUGCACCCUCUGUUAAUAUAGAUUUAGUAACAGUUUUCAUCUUGCUGAAAUCAGCUUAGAAGGAUCAUCGCGAAAAGUGUCGUAAUGCG